GUGAAGACACCGAACAUAAAAAUGGUUACAGUAUGUUACAAACAAAAAAGUACUUUAAUCAAGUGCCUAAUUUUCUUAGUGUCCGUUCUUAUUAUGAUUUUAGUAGGAUUAGCUAUAGUUUUAGUAAAGCGAAGUGACGAUAACCACGUUUGCAAGUCGGAGCAUUGUAUCAAACUUUCGGCUGAAGUUUUACGAUCUUUGGAUCCGUCCAGACAACCGUGUGAUGAUUUCUAUGCUUUCGUAUGUGGAAAAAAUCGUAAAGAAAUUCCUCCAGUGUCCACGAAAGAAGUGUUGAAUUUAAUGGUGGGGGAAAUGGCCCAAACCAACGACUCUAAACCCUUCAUUAUGGAAAAAUCGUUUUAUUUAGCUUGUAGUAACUUAGCUGGGAUUGAAUUAGACGACGACGAGAUGCUGCUAGACCAAUUUUUUAGUUUGGGAGAUUGGCCGGUCUUGCGUGGGUCUAACUGGGAUGGCUCACAUUUCGAAUGGACGGAAAUUGUCAAAAAGAGCCGCAGAUUAGGGAUGAAAAUCGACUGGUUUAUAGAUUUUAGUAUUUAUGAGGAUGUUAACGACACGAGAAUCAAUGUUUUGAAGAUCGAUAUACCAGCUUUGGCGCCUCUGAAAGAAACAGAAAUUUUUCCAAGACAGAAAUUGCUAACCAAAAUUGCUGUUACUUUGGGAGCUCCUGAGAAACUUGCGCAUUAUGAAACAGGCAGGACCAUCGAAUUUGAAAAAGAAUUGAGAAUUCUUGCAGACGUAUACAGAAGAAGGAAAACACAUUUGAACGCGAUUACACUACCGAAAAUCACAAUAAGCGAAGUUCAGAAGCUUUGUCCACACAUUUCUUGGCUAGAUUUAAUUAAUGCUGUAACAGGUCUUACCAUGUUGGAAACCGACGUAGUAAUUUUUGACGAAAUGCUUGACUAUAUCAAGGAUUUGAACAAAUUGAUUUACGGCACUCCAAAGAGAAUUGUUGCUGACUACAUGUUGUGGAAAGUCAUUGAAGAAAACUGGCAAUUUCUCACUCAACCAGUUCGUCAAAAAUUCGAAGAAUACUACGAAGAACAUUACCAGACCCAACCGGAAUUUAACCGUCAAAAAUUUUGCAUAAACGCCAGUAGAAAACAGUUUCCAUUGAUUGCCGAGUCGGAAUAUAUUCGUCGUCAUGUGACCCUCCAAAAAAGGCAAUUAGUGAAAGAAAUGUUAAUUAAUAUUCAACGCAACUACCGGCGAUUAUUAAAUUCCGCCACAUGGAUGAACAGAAAACGGAGAGAAUUAGCGUUGAGGAAAUUAGACGAAUUGAAAUUUUUAAUCGGAGGACCGCGAGAGGUUUUCGACGAAUUUGGAUUCGCUGAGGAUCUAGGUCUGUAUGAGUUUGUUUUUAAAUCAACCAAUAUCAUCGAUAUGCUGAACCAAAGAAAACUCCGGUUUUACGACCACUAUUUCAGUUCGGUUAAUAAGGCCGUUACUAACCGGACGCUGAAAUUCUACGAAAAAGUUAUUAAUUUAAAUAGAUUUACGGUAAUAAAUGACGACACACUAGUAAUACCCGUGAUGUUAUUAAAAGACAACUUUUACGGUCCAAAACUUCCAAAUAAUUUCAAUUACGCCACAUUAGGGAAGACCGUAGCCCACAAAAUAUUCGAACAUAUCUUCGAACGAAAUAAUGUGACCAUUAUUGACGAGGAGACUCAAAAUUAUAACACGUGGUGGAUUUCGGAUGGGUUUGAUCAAGCUGUGAAAUGCUUGAUUCAUGAAGCUUCCGAUUUUCACAAUCCGGAAUUAAAACGCCAGAAAAAAAUGCGUGAAUUAUUGCCACACUUUGUCUCAACUGAAAUCGCGUACGAGUCGUUCAAGGAACUGCUGACAUAUCGACAAGAUUCCCCACAAUCCAAGCUGCAAUCUUUACAGUACACUCCCGAACAAUUAUUCUGGAUACACACGAGUAAAUUACACUGUAACAAAAUUUACUCCAAGUACGACCGAGACUAUUCACGUUUUAAAAUUAUCGCUCCGUUGAGGAAUUCUCGUAAUUUUGCUCGAGACUACAAUUGCCAGAUGGGCUCUAAAAUGUAUUCUAAGACAACGUGUCGGAUUUUGUAACACUUGUGAUAAUAAAAUUGUGUUAUUUUUUCAA